ACAACUUCCCGUAUAAUUUUUGACUAAUAUUUCAUUUCUUUCGUCAACAACGAUUUUUCUAGGAGUUUGAUUAGAUAGCGAGACUUCCAGCAUGUCAGGAAAAGCUGCUCGUGUCAACGUUUCCGCUGGGAGGGAUUUCUUCUCUGUUCCUGAUAUUUCUGUGGCUCUAUGUGACGCUUUCAGUGCAGGGUUUGAGUUUAUAGUCUCACCAAUUGUACAUCCACGAUUUUAUCGUAAUUGGAAAGGCCCAUCUGGACAACGUUCAGAGCCUCUUACUCGGUCAGAUAUGCUGCUGUCAAGCUCAGACUGGAGUAGCAUUGUUGUUGGGAAGACAUCUCCGUGGCUAAAGUUAGACUCUGAAGAUCCAGACAUACGGAAGAACUCUGAACGCGCUCUACUAGAAGAGAUACGAUACGCCUCCCACCUGAGUCAUCCUGCAGUCGUCGUCAACCUCAGAGAUGGCAGAUGCCACAAUCUGGCACGAUUCAUCAGCGAAUUCAUCCAGGAUCCCCACUCUAACAUGCAAGUGUGGAUACGGUUACCAACCAUCACGCCACAUGAACAAAUCACAACAAACGACAAGAAAGGAGGCAGCAACACGACGCCGUGGCAUUGGUGGAAUACGUUCAGAACAUUGUGCGAGAACAGCAAACAGAUCGGUUUGGCUCUUGAGCUGACUGCUGAUCUUCCUGACAAAGCGGAACUUGAUCGAUGGUGUGGAGAACCGGUGAGAGCCGUGUUUGUUCCAACGUCUGUUUUUCUUACGAAUAAACGAGGAUUUCCUGUUUUAUCGAAAUGUCAUCAAACGUUUCUACAGCAACUUUACAAGAUUAAUAUUCAACCUGUUUUGAGUGGGUUUUGUCGUCAUUCUGAGAAAGGCAUACAGACGUAUCAUCAGUAUAUUAAUCACUUAUAUCAGACAAUGACACCUCCAGACGAAGUCGAACUCUUCGGUAAAGGAUACGAAGACUUCCUCCAGAAUCCAUUACAGCCUCUGAUGGAUAACUUAGAGUCUCAAACUUAUGAAGUGUUUGAAAAGGAUCCAGUCAAAUACACACAAUAUCAGAAAGCGAUUUAUUUUGCUUUGGUGGAUCGUGUUAGCGACGAUCAGCGUGACACUGUUGUGAGUGUUGUGAUGGUAGUGGGAGCAGGUCGAGGGCCGUUGGUGAGAGCGGCACUUGCUGCUGCGGAACGAGCGGAGAGGUUGAUCAAGAUUUAUGCAGUGGAGAAGAAUCCGAAUGCUAUUAUCACUCUACGAAAUAUGACUCUUCACGAAUGGAAGGACAAAGUAACCAUCAUUUCAAGCGACAUGAGAGACUGGAAAGCACCAGAGAAAGCAGACAUCCUAGUCAGUGAACUUCUCGGCUCAUUCAGCGACAACGAACUGUCACCCGAAUGUCUCGAUGGCGCACAACUAGCACUAAAAGAUGAUGGCAUCAGUAUUCCGUCUCAGUAUGCGUCAUACGUUGCACCUCUGUGUGCACCGAAGCUUCACACCGAGUUAGCAAAAGGAAAGGAGUCAGACUACGAGACGCCGUAUGUUGUCAUGUUGAGGAACGUCCACGUGUUGGCGGAGCCACAACGUUGUUUUACAUUCUCGCAUCCAAACUGGGGAGAUAGGGAUAAUAAUCGUUACGGGUCUUUCACGUUUCUCGUCGGGCAGGAUUCUUGUGUUCAUGGAAUCGCUGGCUAUUUCGAUGCCGUUUUGUAUGGUUCGGCGACGAUAAGUACAGUGCCUUCCAACCACUCACCCGGAAUGUUCAGCUGGUUUCCAAUCUACUUCCCAUUCAAGACUCCCGUCUACGUCACAGCCGGUAGCCACAUAACCGUCCACUUCUGGCGUCGCUGCAGCAGAACAAAAGUCUGGUACGAAUGGUGCAUGUCGGCUCCAGUCCCCGGACCCCUCCACAACCCAAACGGACGCUCGUAUGCGAUCGGUCUCUAG